AUGCAUGGCGGCAACGGAGAUAUUCUUCAGCUCCUGUUGCCUCACGAUUUCCAUUGGGCAACGAUCAAAUCAGGGAAUUAUCGAUUUCGUUUUAUUUACAAUGUUUUCUUCCAUCCUCUCCGCUCAUUCCCUGGCCCAACCAGCCAUGCGAUGAGCCAGAUUCCAUAUAUCUACAAAAGCCUUCGCGGGACUCUAGAAUUUGACAUUCUGGACCUGCACAAGACUUACGGUGACAUAGUACGGAUCGCCCCUAAUGAGCUGGCUAUCUCCGGCCCGGGUUCUUGGAAGGAUGUCUUGGGAAAUCGCAGAAGCGGCGAAGAACAACUGGAAAAAUUCCAGCAAUAUUAUCGCCCUACAGGAGGGAAAAAAGCAACCAGCAUUAUCAUUGCAGAUCGCGAUGAUCACAGUCGGCUACGUCGUCAACUUGCCCAUGGUUUUUCGGAUAAAUCAAUGAGGGAACAGGAGCCUCUCAUUACCCAGCACAUAGACCUCUUGGUGAAAAGAUUUCAUGAACGGGGUGGAGGGGGUUCUAAGCCUUUCGAUCUGGCGGAGUGGUAUAACUAUGCCACGUUCGAUGUCAUCGGGGAUCUGACGUUCGGUGAAUCAUUUGGAUGUCUCGAAAACGCCUACUUCCAUCCUUUUGUCAAGCUCAUGCUGGCAUCAGGGAAGAUUGCAGUGUUCUUGCAAUGUCUUAGUUUUUUCCCGCUAGCUAAAGAGACCUUCUUAAACUUGAUUCCAAGGUCGGCAAUGAAAAGUCAGGCGAACGUUGCAAAGGAAAAAAUCCUCAGGCGAAUGCAACUUGGUAAAGAGCGCCCCGAUUUAAUCGAGGGACUGCUGAAAAAAAAGGAUGAAUGGGAUAUGAGUCUGGAUGCGCUCUCAGCAAACGCCAGACUUCUCCUCGUUGGCGGGUCCGAAACUACUGCAACGCUCUUGUGCGGCGUGACAUACCUGCUGUUAUCGAACCCCCAAACCCUUGAAAGGUUGACAGCAGAGGUCCGCUCAGCCUUCAAAAGCGAGGACGAAAUUAACAUGAGCUCCGUUAAUGACCUCAACUACAUGCUUGCAUGUCUUGAUGAGGCAUUGAGAGUGUAUCCACCGGUGCCACUCGGGCUACCUCGAGUGGUUCCUAAAGGCGGCUGUGAGAUAACUGGGCAAUUCAUCCCUGAAGAUACUGUGGUCGCGGUCCACCACUGGGCAACAUAUCACACCGAGAAGUACUUCACAGACCCCUUCGCCUACCACCCCGAGCGUUUCUUAGGCGAUCCCAAAUAUGCCAGUGACAAGCGCGAUCUGCUCCAACCCUUCCAUAUUGGACCAAGAAGUUGUCUCGGUCGAAACAGCCUAGCGUAUGCGGAAAUGCGCCUCAUUCUGGCGCGAUUAAUCUACAACUUUGAUAUGAGUCUUGCGAAAGAGAGCGCGAACUGGCUGGCAAAGCAGAAAGUGUUCCUCUUUUAUACGAAACCGCCGCUGAAUGUUUAUAUGACACCUGUUAAUUCAAGGAAAUAA